ACAAAAUAUUUAAAAUGUGGCUCGAGACGCCUUGAUACAGCUGUUGAGUGUUGAUGAGAGGAAAACGAGCUGCUUCGGUAUCCGUCGCUAAACUGAGCUUAAAUCUCCUUAUACCGCGAAGUUUAAAUUUAGGACGAGGUGUACAAUUAAUUCUUGGAAGCGCAGAGCAUCAUGGGAGACGACAGCGAGUGGAUGAAGCUUCCCACAGACCAGAAAUGCGAACAUAAGGUUUGGAAAGCAAGGCUAAGCGGCUACACAGAGGCUCUGCAGCACUUUCAGAGGAUUACAGAUGACAAGAGUCCAGAAUGGGGCAAAUACCAAGGACUGAUCAAGAAGUUUGUGACUGACUCUAAUGCAGUGGCACAACUCAAAGGACUUGAAGCGGCUCUGGUUUACGUGGAAAAUGCCCAUGUGGCGUCUCGAACUGUCGGCGAGGUUGUGUCCGGCGUGGUGUGUAAAGUCUUUAACCAGCCUAAAGCACGUGCUAAAGAGCUUGGCUUGGACAUCUGCUUAAUGUACGUCGAGAUCGAGAAAGGAGAUGCGGUUCAGGAAGAAAUUCUCAAAGGCCUCGACAAUAAGAACCCGAAAAUCGCCCUCGCCUGCGUGGAAGUGCUGAGGCGGGCACUGAGUGACUUUGGAGCAAAGAUCAUCACCCUGAAGCCGGUCGUGAAGGUCUUGCCGAAGCUUUUCGAGUCUCGAGAGAAGGCGAUUCGAGACGAGGCUAAACUGCUUGCUAUUGAGGUUUACAGAUGGAUCCGAGACGCGCUGCGUCCUCCACUUCAGAAUAUUAACUCUGUUCUGCUGAAAGAGCUGGAGGACGAGUGGGCGAAGGCAUUGGCUCCUCGUCAGAGCCGCUUCCUGCGCUCGCAGCAGGACCUUCGAGCCAAGUUCGAGCAACAGCAGCAGGAUGGAGGAGACGGGGAAGCGGAAGGAGACGGUGAUGUGGAGGAAGCUGCUCCAGCAGUCGAUGCUUAUGAGCUACUGGAAGCAGUGGAGAUCCUCUCCAAACUACCUAAAGACUUCUAUGACAAGAUCGAGGCGAAGAAAUGGCAGGAGAGAAAGGAGGCUUUGGAAGCUCUUGAAGCUUUAGCAAAAAACCCCAGACUAGAGAGUGGAGAGUAUGGAGAUGUUGUCAAAGCUCUCAACAAGGUCAUUGGAAAAGACACAAACGUCAUGUUGGUGUCACUGGCUGCUAAAUGCGUAGCAGGACUCUCCACCGGCCUCCGCAAGAAAUUCAGCCCCUAUGCUCUUCAUUUGGUGCCAACCAUUCUGGACAAGUUCAAGGAGAAGAAAGCUCAGGUGGUGCAGGCCCUGCAAGAGGCGUUAGAUGCAGUGUUUCUUUCAACAACACUUGAAAAAGUAAGCGAAGACGUCCUGGCUGUGAUGGACAACAAAAACCCAUCCAUCAAACAGCAGGCUUCGCUGUUCCUCGCCAGAAGUUUCCAGCAUUGCACUCCCACCACGCUGCCGAAAAGCCUGCUCAAACCUUUGUGUCUCGCUUUGCUGAAGCAAGCAAAUGAUUCAGCUCCUGAGGUUCGAGACGCGGCAUUUGGAGCUUUGGGCACGGCGCUCAAGGUGGUGGGCGAGAGGGCUGUGAGCCCUUUCCUGGCUGAUGUGGACAAACUAAAAGUGGACAAGAUUAAGGAGUGUGCCGAGAAAGUGGAGCUGCCCGGAGAAAAGAAAGCUGCAGGUCAGAUGAAGGAGAAAAACGCUCCAAAAGCCCUGCCUGCAGCUCCUGCUCCAGAUAAACCAUCUGCUCCUGCCAAGAAAACACCUGCAGCUGCUGCCACUAAGGCAUCUGCUCCCAACAAGAAGGGCAAACCCUCGGCACCUAAAGGAACUUCUGGCCCUGUUAAAGCAAAGAAAUCCGAGAGCAAGGACCUAACUGAAGCAGAGCUCUCGCUCGAAGUGUGUGAAGAGAGAGCCGCUGCAGUUCUCCCAGUAUCGUGUAUGCAGAUGCUGGACAGUGCCAACUGGAAGGAAAGGGUGGCUGCCAUGGAGGAGUUUCUAAAGGCAAUGGAGCUAAUGGACAAGGAAGAGAUGCCCUGUCAGGCUCUUGUUCGGAUUUUGGCCAAGAAACCUGGUUGGAAAGAGACAAACUUCCAGGUGAUGCAGCUGAAGCUGCAGGUCGUUUGUGCCGUGGCUCAGAAAGGUUUGUUUUUCUCCAGAACAUCAGCCCUGGCUGUGCUGGAAGCUGUGGUGGAUAAAACUGGGGACGUGAAGUGUGGCGCGAGGGCCCGAGAGGCUCUGACCGCUAUUGCCGAAGCCUGCACACUUCCGUGGACUGCGGAACAGGUCGUGUCCAUGGCCUUUGCUCAGAAGAACCCUAAAAACCAGGCUGAAGCUCUGAACUGGCUCUGUGGUGCUAUUAAGGAGUUCGGAUUCGCAGGGAUAAAUGUAAAGGCAUUUAUUAAUAAUGUAAAGACUGCUUUGGCUGCUACCAAUCCAGCUGUUAGAACUGCGGCCAUUUCGCUCCUGGCAGUGAUGUACCUGUACGUGGGCGCUCCUCUCCGCAUGUUUUUUGAGGACGAGAAGGCUGCACUGCUUUCACAAAUGGAUGCAGAAUUCGAUAAGAUGAAGGGCCAGACUCCACCUCCUCCUAUAAGGGGGCUGUCGAAAGCGAAUGGGGUAGAAGAGGAGGAUUGUGAUCAAGAGGAGGAAAGUGAUGGAGGUGCUGUAGUGGAUCUUCUCCCUCGAACAGACAUCUGUGACAAAAUUACCUCGGACAUGUUGUCAAAACUCGGAGAUAAGAACUGGAAGUUGAGGAAAGAAGGACUAGAGGAAGUUACUGCUGUCAUUUCUGAGGCCAAAUUCAUUAAACCCAACAUUGGAGAGCUUCCUGUGGCACUAAAGGCUCGUCUUACAGACUCCAAUAAAAUACUGGUCCAGCAGACACUCUCCAUCUUGCAGCAGAUAGCCACAGCAAUGGGUCCUGCUCUAAAGCAGCAUGUUAAAGGCCUUGGCUUCCCCAUCAUCACUGUAUUUACUGACAGCAAGACUGCUGUGCGUGCAGCAGGCUUAGCUACUCUGAAUGCGUGGGUGGAUCAGACUGGGAUGAAGGAGUGGUUGGAGGGGGAAGACCUGGCUGAAGAGCUGAAGAAGGAAAAUCCAUUUCUAAGACAAGAGCUGUUGGGUUGGCUGACUGAAAAAUUGCCCACCGUGCGCUCUGUUCCCUCGGAUUUUGCUCUGGUCAUUCCUCAUCUGUACUCCUGCUUGGAGGAUCGUAAUGCAGAUGUAAGGAAAAAAGCCCAAGAUGCGCUUCCAGUGUUCAUGAUGCACCUGGGUUAUGACAAGAUGAACAAAGCUGCUGCUAAACUGAAGCCAACAUCGAAAGAUCAGCUGGUUGGUUUGUUGGAAAAAGCUAGAUCCGCCAUUCCUGCCAAACCUGCCGCUCCGACCAAGGUAGCUCCGAGUAAAGCAGCACCUGCUUCCACAAGCAUCGUGAAGCCCCCUGUUGCACCUCCUGUUUCAGACAAAGCUGUUCCUCCGAGUGAAACCCCACCAGCAGAAUUAAAAAGCCCAAACAAGCAGCUGCACCCAAAACUAAGGUCAGCACUUGUGAAGAAACCACCUGGCAAAGUUGAGGAAGAGCGGAACGGUCCCAUCUUCGUCGUUGUUCCAAACGGGAAAGAGCAGCGGAUUAAAGAAGAGAAAAGUUUAAAGGUGUUGAAGUGGAACUUUUUAACACCACGAGAGGAGUUUGUUGACCUGCUGAAGAAUCAGAUGGCUGCAUGCGUGGCUAAAUGGCUGAUGGAGGACCUCUUUCACACGGAUUUCCAGAAGCACAUUAGGGCAAUCAGCACCAUGAUGGAGCAACUGGAGGCAGAGACUGAGGCCACAGUAAGCUGUUUGGAUCUGAUCCUGAAGUGGUUCACGUUGCGCUUCUUUGAUACAAACACCAGUGUGCUGAUGAAAGCUUUGGAGUAUCUCAAGCUUCUCUUUGUCAGUCUCAGUAACCAGGACUACCAUCUCACUGAGCAUGAGGCCAUGCUGUUCAUCCCUUACUUCACCCUAAAGAUGGGCGAACAAAAAGAUGUGGUGCGGAAAGAAGUGCGUAGCAUCUUCGGCUUGUUGCGUAAAGUUUACCCAGCAAGCAGAGUCUUCCCUUUCCUCAUGGAUGGCACAAAGUCUAAAAACUCCAAGCAGAGAGCUGAGUGUCUGGAGGAGCUCUGCUCUCUCGUUGGACUGUGUGGAAUGUCCGUCUUCCAGCAGACGGCGGCAAAAUCCUUGCGCGAAAUUGCCGUUCACAUCGGCGACCGAGACACUGCUGUCCGUAACGCUGCGCUAAACACAGUAGUGGCGGCUUAUAACGUCUGUGGAGAGCAAGUGUACAAACUCAUCGGCCAGUUGUCCGAAAAAGACAUGAGCAUGCUGGAAGAGAGGAUCAAGCGUUCUGCAAAGAAACCCUCAGCCCCUGUAAACAAACUACAGGCAGAGGAGAAAACUUUAGGGCUGGCUAACGCUAGUCUGCUACGCAAGCCGAACGCUGACUCCGCAACUUCUAAGCUGAGCGAGAUUCGGCGUCAGAAUGCAGCAGUUCAGGAGCAAAGCCCUGUGGUGCCCCGUCAGUUUCAGCUCGACCCUAAUUUUAUCAUGGAUCUUCCUGAAGCAGUCAUGCCCGACCUUCUGGUGGUGGAGACUGCCGAAUCACCUCUGGACCUCCCAGAGUUCCAGUACAAGUUUCCUUCACUCUUCAGCAGGAUUGAAGACUCUGCAGCCAGCAUUAUUUUGGUCAUUUCGCAGGUUGCCAGUUCUGAUGUGAAAACUAGCAUGCAGGGCCUGGCCAAGGUCAUGGAGAUUUUGAGCGAGGAGAACAAAUGGAAGCUGAUGUCUGGUCACGUGGAUGAGUUCAUAGUCGCUGCGCUGAUGCAGCUCGGCUUGCAGGCCAGCAGGCGCAUGGGGGACGAAGGAACGCAGCACAUGAAGCUCUACCCCUCUGUGAUCGGCUCUCUGAGCUCGCUUGUAUUGGCAGGCAAACUGGUCCAGGAAGCCUCCCCGGGGGUGCUCAAAAAUCUGGUUCAGACUUUGCUCUCACUCACGCUGGAUCCUCGGCAUCAGCAGGGCGCCGGAGAAUCUCAAGACCUCAUCCGCUCUGUCCAUAUCCUGCUCUCCACUUUAUUCAAGACUGCUGAUCCCACCAACACGCUGAGUGCUUUGCUGAUGCUGUUACAGGAGACCAGUAACUCUACUACAUGCAAUGAGUUUCCUGAGAUGGUCAUGAAGUGUCACUGGCGUAUGAUCAAGCUGCUUCCAGAGAAGAUCGAGUCUCUCUACCUGGACAGAGUUCUUCUGGACAUUCAUAACUUCAUUAAGGCUUUUCCCAAAGAGCUGCUCAAACAGAAACCCAACGAUCUGGCUCACCGCACCGUCAAAACACUGCUACACACACUGUACAAACUCGUUGGCCCCAAGAUUAUGAAUCAUCUGAGCCUGAUUGAGAACAGUAGUGAGUCUGAAGUUGAAGCUCACUUGAAGAGAGCGAUGAAGCAUUCCGUUUCAACAACCCAAACGUCCCAGAGCACGGAACAGGUCGCUAAGGUCCAGGCUCCUGCAGAUGCUCAGAAAGGCAUCCCACCUGCAGCAGCCUCAUCUUCCAGUACUGAGGCUUUUGACGUCGCUCGAUAUCAGGAGAAACUCCGAGCUCUGAAGCAGAUCUAUGGCCUUCAAAGCAACUCAAAGGUGAACGAGGACAAGUCCAGCCUCCCUGUAGUGGGCACUAAGCCUGCCGUCCCUUCCUCCAUGGACAUGCUCCUGUCUCAGCUUUCUAAACUGCGCGAGUCUCGGGAACAGCAAGGCAGUGAAAAUGUCAGGCCUCGCAGUCCUCCCGGGGAUAUCAACGAUUUCCGAGCGAGACUCGAGAAAAUUAAAGCUAAUUUACGUUGAUGCUCGCACGCUUCACAGCAUUCCCUGUGUUACCUCUUCUGCAGCAAAAUGUCUUUCACAUGUCUGUGUUUACAUGUACAUAUUGAAACUUGUUUGUCUCAACAUUUUUUACUAACUGCUUUCAUAUCAGUGUUUUUACUGUGACUUUUAUUCUUUUUGGUUUUUUUCUUUCAUACUUUAAAUAAAUGAUCAUUUUAUUUCUGGAUUUUUGUCCUUGAUGAACCGGCCUGAUUUGUUUUUGUCCCCCUCCUUCCUUCCCCAAGCCAAAUACAAACUCUGAAGAUAUGACCAAAACCACUGUUUGGUUGUUUAAACUUCUAGAACAAUUUCCAAUUAAAUUGCAAAAAGAA